AUGCCCGCAAUUGCGUCAGGAAAAGUCCUCGUCACAGGGGCCAACGGUUAUGUCGCCGUAUGGAUAGUCAAGAGCUUGCUGGAUGCCGGGUAUGCUGUGCGAGGGGUCGUGCGAUCCGAGAAGAAGGGUGUCCACCUCCAGAAAAUCUUCAAGCCUUUCGGAGACAACUUUGAAAUCGCCAUCGUCCCAGAUAUCACAGACGAGACGGCCUUUGGACCGCUUCUCGAGGACGUCGACGCAGUUUUGCACACCGCGUCGCCCGUGGACAUGACCGUGAUCGAGCCCGACGACUUCAUCGUUCCUGCCGUCCAAGGCACGACCUCGGUACUCAAAGCCACCGCAACGCACGGCACCCGUGUUCGCCGUGUCAUUGUCUUGUCCUCCACCGCCGCAAUAUUGCAUGAAAGCGCUACCCCCAUGACGUUCGACGAGUCGUCAUGGAAUGACCAAGCCGUCGCAGAGACCACCGCUCGCGGACGCGAUGCCCCGGCGAUAGUGAAAUAUCGCGCAAGCAAGACACUGGCCGAACGCGCAGCCUGGAAGCUGCAGGAAGAUGCCAGCGCGCGCGGGGACAUACAGUGGGACCUCGUCACGCUCAAUCCGCCGUUUGUUUUCGGCCCGGUGCUGCACGAAGUGGACAAGCCGGAAAAUCUCAACUUCUCGGCGAAGCUUUGGUACGACAACGUCGUGGGAGGCGCUUCGGGCAAUGAUACAAGCACGAACUUCGUUGACGUUCGGGACGUCGCACAAGCGCAUGUCUUAGCUCUACAGAAACCGGAGGCUGGUGGGAACCGCUUUAUUAUCGCAAACGGCCCGUUCAAAUGGCAAGAUUUUGUGUCGGCCGCGCACCGCCUGUCGGAGAAGAUUCCCCCCGGGAACAUUUCAUACGAUCCCGCGAAGGCUGAGCAUCACGUGCGCUACGAAAACGCUAAGAGCGUCAGUGUGCUCGGUAUGAAGUACCGCUCGGUUGACGAAUUAACAAGCGCUGCUUUGGAUGACUUCAAGGGACGCGGUUGGAUGUAA